AUGGAUGAAUAUGAAAAUUUAGAGAAGGAAUUGAAGGAUCGCUACAAUGUGUAUGUUACUCUGUUUCGCAAUUUGCAUUAUUUAAAACAACAGGUUCGAAAAUUAGAAAUUUUUUUAUUUUUGUUCCAUUUUGUCGGUAUUCCCCUACGUUCCAUUUUGUCAGUUUCCCCCUACGUUCCAUUUUGUCGCAGGGAAAUUUUGUCUCCUACAGAUACACAUUGUAAAAUUAUUUUUUAA